CGAUUUGACAUUUCUGCAAUUGUAGAGCAAAACAUUGCGACGAAGAUAAAUCGCGUAAUAAAAUUCGAUUUAUAGAAUGUUUCUACGUCUUGAUCAUUAAAUUUGUUAUAGUUUAUUGAGAGAAUUACGUGGGCCCGUUAAGAAAAUGUUGAAAAAUUUCGUAAGAAUCCGCUCGCAAGCGGGCAUUCUUAGUCAAAUUCCACGUCAAAUAAGCACAUUGCAAAGAAUCAACAGCAGCAACAGGAACCAUGGAGUCACCAUGUCAAAAACCAUUGGAAAUCUCUUAGCAAACAGAACAGCCGACGUGAAUGUGCAAUGCUACCGAACAAUGUUCAUACAAACACAAGAGACACCGAACCCAGACAGCUUGAAAUUCAUGCCCGGAGUCGAAGUGCUGGGAAAGGGAAGCACAAUGGAUUUUCCGAGCUUGGAAAAUGCUCAAAAUAGUCCACUGGCCAAGCUAUUGUUCCGCAUCGAAGGAGUGCGAGGUGUGUUCUUCGGCAACGAUUUCAUCACCGUGUCCAAACAGGAAGAUGCUGAGUGGGGCCUUUUGAAACCGGAAAUUUUCGCUGUUAUCAUGGAUUUCUUUGCGAGUGGCUUACCCAUUGUGCAUGAAAGAUCAAACAACGAAUCACAAAUCAACGAAGACGACGAUGAAACGGUUAUGAUGAUCAAAGAGCUGCUCGACACACGUAUAAGACCAACAGUCCAAGAGGAUGGCGGCGAUAUUACAUUUAUGUCGUUCAAAGAUGGAAUUGUCUCAUUGAGAAUGCAGGGUUCGUGUACAUCGUGUCCCAGUUCGAUUGUCACACUGAAGAAUGGCGUACAAAAUAUGCUCCAAUUUUAUAUUCCAGAAGUUGUGAGCGUUGAACAAGUGUUCGACAAAUCCGACGAAGUUGCCCAGAAGGAGUUUACCAAAUUAGAAGAGAAAAUUAUGACAAAAACAAAUGCUGAAACGGAACAAAGUGAUGCAAAGUAGAUUCUAAUUAGAUGGAAUACAUUUGAAAAAAUAAUAAAAUGAAAAUAGCUUGUGAAUUGAAAAAGAAGAACAAUCGAGUGAUUCGAGGCUAACUGAAAA